AUAACGAACACGCGCGCAAAAAAUAUUGACGAAAACUGGAGGGGUAAAAGGGGAAAGGCGACGGCCGCCUGGAGGAGCGAGAGGGCGGAAGAGGAGGAGAGCGGCAGCCGCAGGCCCGCAGCUCGUUGAUGGUGGUUAGGGUUUCGCCGCCCGCACCCUCGACCCGCUGAAGAAUCGCCCGGCGGUUGAAGAGGCUCGCGCCCCGCCCUGUAAGGCUCCGGCGGAAGAGGAGACAGGCAGAGGCCGACCGCGGCGCGCGGCUGAUGGCGGAGCAGGAGCGGAGGGACGCGGAGGCCGGGGGCGAUGCCGCAGCGGUGGCGUCGCACGCCAGCAGCAUGCAGCGUGUCAAAGUAUACCGUUUGACUGAUGGUGGCAAGUGGGACGAUCAAGGAACAGGUCAUGUUUCUAUUGAUUACAUUGAGGGUUCAAAAGAACUUGGUUUGACUGUUUUAGAUGAAGAGGACAAUGAGACGCUACUUAUGCACAACAUCACAUCUGACGAUAUUUACAGAAAACAAGAAGAAACAAUCAUUUCAUGGAGAGAUCGUGAAGCAGCGACAGACUUAGCGCUAAGCUUUCAGGAAGCUGCAGGAUGCUCCUACAUAUGGGAACACAUAUGUGAAAUUCAGAGAAACCUUCAGUUCAGUAACCUUGGUGCUCUGGAAGUUGGUCCUCGUCAAUCAUCAGAAUCUCUAGAAGCUUCUAGAAUAAUGCAUUCAAAUGAUGAUUCAUUCCGCUCUGCUAACGGCGAAUUCAGGGAGCUUCCUCCUGUUGAGUUGUCUAAUCUUCCUUUUAUUUUGAAGACUGUAUUGGAGGGUGGCAUUACAGAUCAAAUCCACGUGGCAGAGUUGAUAACACAAGAUCGUGACUUUUUCCCAAAGCUAGUGGACAUUUUCAGAAUGUGCGAGGAUUUAGAGAACAUAGAUGAUCUUCACAUGAUUUUCAAAUUGGUCAAGGGAAUAAUAUUGUUGAACAGUCCAUCGAUCUUUGACAAGAUUUUCUCUGAUGAGUUUAUUCUUGACAUAAUAGGUGCCCUUGAAUAUGAUCCAGAGGUUCCAAGAGUGCAAAAGCACCGUGCUUUUCUAAAAGAUCAUGUAGUUUUCAAAGAGGCCAUACAUAUUGAAAAUGUUUCUGUUGUUUCGAAGAUUCAUCAAACAUACAGAAUAGGCUAUCUUAAGGAUGUUAUACUACCACGAAUAUUGGAUGAUGCCACUCUAGCAAGUCUGAACACAAUGAUACACUCAAAUAAUGCUUCUGUUAUUUCCUUGCUAAAGGAUGAUGCACUUUUUAUAAGACAACUAUUUGCUAGGAUGAGGUCAUCAGAUAUUUCUAUGGAAUCAAAACGAGAAUUGGUUCUGUUCUUGCAUGAAUUUUGCACACUUAGUAAGAGUCUACCACUUGUUCAGCAACUGCGACUGUUUCGGGAUCUUUCAGGUGAAGGCGUUUUUGAAAUAAUUUCUGAAGUGUUGCAGAGUCAAGAUAGAAAAAUCGUUUCAGCUGGGACAGACAUCCUUAUACUUUUUCUUAAUCAGGACCCUAACCUAUUGAGGUCAUAUAUUGUCCAGCAAGAAGGAAAUUCUCUUCUAGGACUUCUGGUGAAAGGCAUGGUAACUGACUUCGGUGAGGAAAUGCACUGCCAGUUUCUAGAAAUCCUGCGCAUAUUGAUGGAUUCUUUCACUAUGUCUGGAGCACAUAGAGACAUAAUUAUUGAGAUUUUCUACGAAAGGCAUCUUGACUAUUUGGUUGAUGUAAUAGCAUCCUCUUGUCCCCUGAGGAGCUUGUCUCGAUCAACAUCUAACUCUGUACGUGUUGGUGGAAAUGCUGAAGGACACCGUAUCAAGCCUGAGAUUUUGUUAAAUGUUUGUGAACUGCUGUGCUUUUGUGUAGUUCAUCAUCCCUACAGAAUUAAGUGCAAUUUUCUUAUAAACAAUGCUAUCGAGAAAAUCCUUACAUUGACUCGACGGAGGGAGAAGUUUUUGGUUGUAGCAGCUGUUAGGUUUAUGCGUACUAUUAUAUCCAGAAAUGAUGAGCAUCUCAUUCGCCAUGUUGUGAAGUUCAACUUGUUGAAACCAAUAAUUGAUGUCUUUGUUGACAAUGGGGAGAGAUACAACAUGCUACAUUCAGGAGUACUUGAAUUGUUGGAAUACAUACGAAAGGAAAAUAUAAAAGCUCUCAUUCUCUAUGUUAUCGAGACUUUCUGGGAACAGGAUGAACUUGCCAAGUUUGAACACUUUGGGAGUAUUCAGGCCUUCAAACUCAAGUAUAACCAGUACAUGGAGAGUGUUGAACAAAGGUUGAAUGCUAGUGUGCCUGACAUGAGAAAGAAGGCAGAACAAAGAGGUCUUGAGAAGGAAGAGGAAGACUACUUCAAUGAGGACAGUGAUGAAGAAGAUUCGGGCUCUGGCCGGCGGCCUAAACAUGCACAAAACCAGCAUAGCAAACCUAAGCCUAAGGUCCCUAAUGGAAGUGAAGCCGACGACACUGAUGGUGCCUCCAGGCCUAAAUCUGCUGGACUUGUGGACUAUGACGAUGAUGAUGAUGAGGACUUUAAUCCACCACCAAAGGAGCCUUCUAGGCCUGCAGAGGAUGAUGUGCCAUUAAACAUAUCCCCGGUGAAGCGGAAGCCAGUGAAUGCAGUGGAUGGGAAACAUGCAGAUGGGGAGGGUCGCAGGAGGCAAAAAAUAGAAACCAGAAUUAGUUGUGCUAAAAUUGCUGCUGUUACUAGUACAGCUAUUAAGCACACAGAUCUACAAAACAAGCAUGCUUCCCACUUGCCUACAUCAGCCACGCCAAGUACUGAAGCCAAUGGUGUUUUUAGGGAGCGUGGCACUAACUCUGAGGAGCAUCAACAUUCUGUAGAGAACACGGAAACUUCACGACAAGCUGGCAGUGAUUGUAUAAAAGAUGUGGGCAGUAUGUCUCCCGAGAAGGCUGUAAAUACUACAAACACAAGUGAUUCAGAGCCUUAUUCAGUAAGAUGACUACUCCACAGCUGGUUUGCCCCUGUACCCAACCUGUUCUCUAGCCAACAGGAAGGAAUUGGAAUGUGGUUGGCUUCGAAGGCUGAAUUCAUUGAUAUCAAGCUGGAAGCAUGAUUGGAGGUGACAUAGAUUGCAGCUACCUUUACAUCUCAAGUAAAAUUCCAGUUACCCCUUUUUGAGCCUGUAAAGUUAAUUUUCCGCAAGGAAAGAUCUGACAAACAUGAGAAUUGGAAUGACUGUAGAUUCGAACAUUGAAUGGGCCUUGCUCCUGCUGCUGCGCUCGCUAUUGUAUCUGUUUAUGAGCUAAUGGAGUAGCAGUGAAUAUGUGCCUUCAACUUCAUUAUUUUUCUUCACAAUCAUUGACUCUGAUGUUACUGUUGUAAAACAAGUAGGAUUAAGGCAUAGUUUCUGUUGAAUAGCGUUUUUGCAAGAGUUGUGCUAACUCAUCUAUACGAUUGUAAUUUGUUGGUUCAUAGAUUGGGUUGGACAUGCUGUCUUGGAUAAUUAAUCUAGCCUUGUGAUACAAUAAUUUAUGCAUAA